AUGGGAUUGAUUGCGGGCAACGAGGUGUUGACCAGACGGCGAAUUUUGCUCUCGAUCCUGGCGAUCUGCGCGUUUGUUGGACUGCCGCUGUGGUACGCCACCACGACGGUCCAGCGUGCGGAAUUGCCCGUCGCUGAGAUAUACGGUCUCUCGUCCGAACUGGUUUCCUCUUCUAGGUUUGAGAUCCCUGUUUAUGUUCAGAUGCCCGUGACCACCACGGGGGCCCUUCAGGAAGCUCAGCAGCAGAUCGACGAUAUGUUGAAAGCCAGAAACUUGCCGGUUUCCUGGCGAAUCGUGCUCGAGGCCGGAUCGGGCACCGAAAGCGACUACAAAGUGCACCUGUUCCUGGACCAGGACGCUGACAAAGUUUAUGUCUCGCCGUUUGAGGACAGAACCAUUAAGUUGUACGUCUCGCCGACGGUCAUAAAACACAACAAAGUUGCCGAACUAAUAGCAAGAACGUUGGUGGAAGACGUGUUUGGCGACGAAAUCACCAUGUUUGAGCGGCUCCACCAACCGGAGGCGGUUGUCAAGAUGCCGUAUUCUCCCGAUUACCAUGUGACACUAUCGCUGUUGCAAGGAGGCGUUCAGCCAAUUGGAUGGGACAUCGAGUCGUCUGCUCUACUUUUGAAGAACUAUUUGAGCUCUUUGGCUCCGUACGCCAACUUCACGUUUGAUUCCCAGGUCGAGCAUUACGAGAAACUCUCGGAGAACAUCGCGUUGCAGUACGACGAGGACAAAAAGCAGUACUUGCUCAAAGAAUCAGACACGUCCACGUUCAUCGAUUACUCGGAAUGGGGGCUGGACCAGAAUACCCAGAAAGUGCCUGUGGUGAACUUUCUGGCGUACGUGCCGGCCCCGGACCAGCGUCCGAUCCAAAUUGAAAACUCAGUGUCAAACUCGUUUAUUGUUCCGCAGUGGGGCGGAGUCGCUAUUGUUAACACUGAAAAACAAUUUUUGGAGUACGGCGAUCUGCUCCCGGUGAUGGAAAUUUUCGCGUCGCAGCUGUUUCAGCUGGUGGGGGCCCCGGGCAACCCGAAGUCGCCGACGAUCCGCACAGACAUCCUCACGCGGUUCCAGUCGGUGGCCAACACACGCAAGUCGAUCGACAACCUGAUUUCGCUGUGCAAGCUGUGCGAGCAGCUGCCAAAUAUCAGUGUUCCUGACAGCACGCGCGAGCAGGUGGAGCAGGCGCUAAAACGGGUGAGGGAAGCGGCUGACGCUGUGGUGAGUCGCCGCUGGAGCUUGGCAAACGCUUUGGCGGCAAAAGCGUACGUGCUGUCUGACAAGGCUUUCUUUCAAAAAGACAUGGUGCAGCAGAUGUAUUUCCCUGAGGAGCACAAGAUGGCCGUUUAUACGCCAUUGUUGGGUCCGUUCGCCACGAUCAUGGUGUUGGGGGUGCUGCGCAUGUUAAAAGAGGCACGGGAGUCAAGCGUUUCGGAGAAAAAUGCUGCCCCUGAAACGGCGCACAGCGUGCUUUGA